UAAUCACGUGAAUAGCGAUGUUUAUGUUUGCUUGAGUCUCUCUGAAACCGGUGGUAUGAAAGCCGGGUACAUGAAUUGACGUCCCCGCUAGCGAGCAGCGGGGUUCUGGUUGGUGCAGAACAGUAAACUAAACGGCGGAACAUGUGGAAAAACGGCGCAAACUACAGCGUGCAGACGGGGAGCGAGUAUGAGCCCAUCGGAGAGGAGAGCAGACCGCUCUUAGCGGCACAGGGUGUUCAGGCUAGAGGUGCAUCCUUCUGGUCUUCUGCCUUUAACCUGAUGAAUGCCAUCAUGGGUAGUGGCAUCCUGGGUCUCUCCUAUGCUAUGGCAAAUACGGGCAUCAUUGGAUUCAGUAUUCUGUUGCUGGUGGUCUCCAGUUUGGCUGCUUAUUCUGUCCAUCUCUUGCUGCUCCUCUGUGACAAGACAGGCGUCAACUCUUACGAAGCUCUUGGAGAGAGAGCCUUCAGCAGACCUGGCAAGAUUCUGGUGGCCUGUACUAUUCUCAUUCAGAACAUUGGAGCCAUGUCCACCUACUUGUUCAUCUUGAAGUCUGAAAUGCCUGCUGCCGUCACUGGCUUCAUGAGCACAGAGACUUCUGGAAAGUGGUUUGAGGAUGGUGUUGCACUAUUGAUUUUAGUGACUCUAAUUGUAGUGUUGCCACUGGCUCUACUUCCUAAGAUUGGUUUCUUGGGAUACACCAGCAGCCUUGCAUUCUUCUUCAUGCUGUUCUUUACCGUAGUGGUGGUGGUGAAAAAAUGGUCCAUUCCCUGCCCGCUGCCAAUUAACUCUACUGUGAGCCUGAGCUUAAAUACCUCUGAAUGCACCCCACAGAUGUUUGUGUUCUCUCUUAAGAGUGCUUAUGCCGUCCCAACAAUGGCUUUCUCCUUCUUGUGCCAUACGGCAGUUUUACCCAUUUACUGUGAGUUACACAGACCCACAAAGCAGAGAAUGCAGAGUGUGGCGAAUGUCAGCAUCUUUCUUAGUUUCGUGGUGUAUCUGAUCUCUGCCCUGUUUGGAUACCUCACCUUCUAUACACAUGUGGAAUCAGAGCUGUUGCUAGGAUACGACACCUACCUACCACGGGAUGUUGUGGUGAUGUCAGUGCGUCUUGCGAUUUUAUUGGCCGUUCUGCUUACCGUGCCGCUCAUUCACUUCCCAGCACGUAAAGCGGUGUUGAUGUUAUGCAGGGGAGAGAGGGAGUUCUCCUGGCUCUCUCAUUCACUUUCCUGUUUUUUCAUCCUCACUUUUGUGCUGCUGCUCGCUAUUUUCGUCCCAGACAUUAGGAAUGUCUUUGGUGUGGUGGGUUCUACGACCUCCACAUGUUUGCUGUUUGUGUAUCCUGGGAUGUUUUAUUUGAGAAUCAGCUCUGAGCCAAUGAGAUCUCUCAAUUCAGCAGGGGCUGUUUUGCUGAUGGUGAUUGGUCUGGUUGUUGGUGUGUUGAGCCUGUGUGUCAUCAUUGUCUCCUGGGCUCAAGGACCUUGACCUUUGACGUCAUCAUUGUGGGACAUAUUGCAUGAGUUGUGAGCUCAACACAUCCUGCCUCAAGGAGAAACCUUAUUUUACAGGUUACACACCUUGCAGAGGCUGUUUUCGGAACCAAAAGAAGGGAAUCCCAAUGAGAUGAGCCAGCUGUGCUCUUAUGACACUUCUAAUGUACUCUAGCACUUUUAUGACACUUGAAUACUGAACACAGGCACAAUCAAAUUCAAAAAUCCAGCAGAGCACUGAAAUGCAUAUUAAUCUAUACUGAAUGUCUGAACGACAGUAGAGUUUGACAAUCUUUGAAUCAGAUGGUUGCUGUCAUCCAUAGAAAGACAGCUGGGACCAGUAAAUGAAGGAACUGCACUGCUGAUUUUACAGCUGAAUGUGGGAUAUUAGAUUUACACCGAUGCUUAAUGAAUUGGAAAAUCUGCUUGUCUGACUCAAAAAAAAAAAAAAGCUCUGGUUUAAUGAUUAACCACUGUCUUUAGAAUUCAAAAGCUUGGAUUUGUUUUUUAAAGAUUUUUCUGAACUUUCAGGAUAUUUCUUGGAUGUACACUAAUCCCAAAGUUUUUCUGUUGAUUCAAUUUAGAAUUCAAAAUUUCCUCCCAUUUUCUAUUUUAAAUAAAGAAAAAUAAAUAAAUAAACAGAAAAUAUACAGAACAGU